UUUUUUCACGUUCCCAAAUAUCCUCAACUGCCUAUAAAACCCCUAGACAAUGCACCACCACGGACUCUCUUGUCCCCUCCUGGCGUGAGCCCGGAGCUCUGUCCUUUCACUGUAUCUCUAAAUAAAAGCCUGUACCUUGUUCUCCUACCUUGACUGUGAAGCUCAUUCUUUGGCUCAGCAAACAAGAACCCCGGCAUCAGUAUUAAGGACUGAGCCCCAAAGUAGAAGGUAGAGGCAAGGCAUGCUGUGAUAUAGGAUCUAAAGUGUUUGGAGACAGGAUAGGUGGAGAAAAAAGAGGGGGAAGGCAAGAAUGAGCUUGAUAUUUUACUCUUGGGUGAAACACCCACUUCUAGUAGCAUAUAUAUAUUUUAUGUCUCUAGAAUACAAUAAGCAUUUCUCAUUAUUCCCAGGUGUCUGGCAUCAAGGAGAGGCUCAGAGAUUAUAAUUUGGGCUUGAUGGUGAGAACCAUCCAUGGGUAAUAAAGAUGGGUUUUCUUGCUCCUUCCCAGGUGGCCUCUGUGGAGUCACUUCCCCUCCACCCUUCCAGGUUUCUUUGCAGCCAGAUCUUAGGAGGCAAGGAGGCCCCAGCUGGCUCAUGGCCAUGCAGGUCAGUUUACAGAUUGCCACCAGGCAGUUCUGUGAGGGAGCCCUAACUGGGAAGGCCUGGGUAGUUGCUGCUGCUCACGGAGUUGCCGCUAGAGAAUGGAACGGCUGCAGCUAAUGGUUUCAGCUGACUGACCACUGGUUCUUCAGCUACUGCUGCUGAGGCCAUCAGGCGCUCCUUCUUCCCCACUCGCCGCCAUCACGGGCAGCCGGCUUCCCCAGGAGGGCUCAGGACAGUUCUGCUUCCAUUGUGCUUCAGCACCCCUUUCCUCCGGGUCAUCCAGACGCCCCUCCCUCCCUCCAGCCUCGCCGCAAUUGAAACAAGCAGAGGAGUGGGGGUUCUCCGUCAGGGCCGCUCAGAGUGCGCAGGGAGACCAGGGGAGCAGAGACCCCGUAAUGCAUGAGAUGUCUCACUAGGAACCAAGGAGGCCCCGCACUCAGCGCGGCCCUGAGGGCAGAGGGCGGCAGGGCCGGAGUCACGCGAGAAGGCGCUUCCCGCCCCCCGUGCCCGGCGGGGUGAGGGGUCAGCCGCGGGGGCGCGGUCCGCGGUUGGCUCAGCGUCGGCGCGGCGUUGCUGCGAGGCUCUCCUGUCCGCCAGGCGCGGUUGCAGAGCGGCGCCCGGAGAUCGCGGGCCCGCGGGGUCGGGGAGACGCGCGCCGGCUCCCAGCCGGCCCCGCCUCGACAUGUUUGGUGCCCCGUUCCAGGACCCAUCCCUGCUCCUUGCCAUCACCAUCAUUGGGGUCACAGUGCUCCUGGUGGCCCUAAAGAACAUGAACUCAAGGAGGAGAAAACUUAUCACCUUGCAAGACUCUGAAACCAAGUACUCUCUGCCCUUGAUUGAGAAAGAGCACAUCAGCCACAACACCCGGAGGUUCCGCUUUGGACUGCCCUCACCAGACCACGUCCUAGGGCUCCCUGUAGGUAACUAUGUCCAUCUCUUGGCCAAAAUUGAUGAUGUUUUGGUGGUCAGGGCUUACACGCCUGUGUCCAGUGAUGAUGAUCAAGGCUUUGUGGAUUUAAUUAUAAAGAUCUACUUCAAAAAUGUACACCCCAGGUAUCCAGAAGGGGGAAAGAUGACUCAGUACCUGGAGAAUAUGAAAAUUGGGGACACCAUCCUUUUUCGAGGGCCAACGGGGCGCCUGUUGUAUCAUGAGCCAGGGAAGUUUUCAAUCAAACUAUACAAAACGAGUGAGCCUGAAGAAAAACUGGUCCAUCAUCUGGGAAUGAUUGCUGGUGGCACAGGGAUCACGCCCAUGCUGCAGCUCAUUCGCCACAUCACCAGGGACCCCAGAGACAAGACCAGGAUGUUCCUCCUCCUCGGCAACCAGACAGAGGAGGAUAUCUUGAUGAGAAAGGAGCUUGAAGAAGUUGCCAGAACUCGCCCAGACCAGUUCAGUCUCUGGUACACCCUGGACAGGCCUCCUGUUGGCUGGAAGUACAGCUCUGGCUUCAUUACUGCUGACAUGAUCAAGGAGCAUCUCCCUCCUCCUGGGAAGUCCACAUUCAUCCUGGUGUGUGGCCCACCACCCCUGAUCCAGACAGCUGCUCGCCCUAACCUGGAGAAACUGGGCUACACCAAGGACAUGAUUUUCACCUACUAAUCCUCUCCCCUUGCUCUUAGGACAUUUGCCUGGUCCCUUUCAUUUGUUUCAAAGUGAGUUAAGCUGUUAACCUGGGGUGUGUGCAGAAGUGCCCCGAAUGCACCCUUGGGCACACUGCACUCUUCUCCUUUGGGUGUGGGCCUAAGAAGGAGGGCUGCAAGGGGCUGGAAACAGAGUGGUUUUUGAGGCUUCCUUGAUUGGGAAGGUUUGAAGGAACCCCAUUUCAGUCUCUUUCCCAUAAUUUAGAGAAAUAAACUUCAGUACAAAGCAGAUAGCCCAUGGGGUGUGGCUCUGUGGGGGACCUACAAGGCAGUUAGAAGGCCUUGGCCUGCCCAUUGUGUGCAUGGGAUUCUGUGUGGCCAUGGGAGGUCAGAAAAUGCCAGGGUGGAUUUGCAGAAGAAUCCAAAAGGGGUUAUGUCAACUUCCACUAAUCUUUCUUGAACCCUGCUCCCCAGAGUGUUGUUUUUAAGGUCACAGCUACCAGAGGGCUCAGUUACCCUCCAUGUGCACCUUUCCUUCUCUUGUGCAAGAUCUUUCAAAUGGGAUAAUGUGUGUAAAAACACAUCAGGGCAGUAGUAAAUCCAUAGGUUAGAUGGGCUCCUGCACUUCACAGAAACAAAUGUAGGCAAGGCGUGCAUUUUCCUAGCAUCUUCUGAAUACCAGGCCUUUUUGGGGUGGGGGUGGUUACAUACAGAAGCUUCUGAACUUGCAAAUAAAAUAGGUUCCAGCUUUCAUAUUGUGAGUCCCAAGUGACCAUAGUGGCCUGUCCUCUUCAUGGCCAGGGGGACGUGCUGCUGCUCUGCAUUAUCUGUGAGUGGGUAGAACCACUUCUGCACUGUAUUUCGUAUAAUUCUCAUAACAAGCCAGAGGUUCUGUGGGGAUUUUGUCUUCAAGUUAUAGAUGAAGAAACUAAGGCUCUGAUACCAAAGUGCCUGUCCCCAGGUCAUUCUGCCAGUAGGUGUCAUAGCUGGGCUUCAAAUCUGGGUCUGUUAAUUCCAUGUCCCUUUUCACAAAAACUGGAACACUAUUCCUCCAGCGUUGAAGGAACUUGGUGUAAGUGGAUUUCUUACUCAAAGUAUGUAUGUGUGGUGGGGGCAGGGUACAGGAGAGAGAGCAGUGCUCUAGGGAAUCUGAAACACAGCUGAGUAGUAUUGUCAGGUGGCCAAACACAGGGAUGAUCUCUCAAAGGGCCAGUGGAGGUCGGGGAGUGGAGAGGUGGCUAGCCUUCAUUCAUCCAUGUGUUCAGUGCAUCCUCAGCAGAUCCCUUAUUUAAGAUCCUACUCAGAUAAUUGUUCUUUUAAAGAAAUUUUUUUAUUGAAAUAUAGUUGACAAUAUAUUGGUUUCAGAUGUACAACAUAGUGUUUUGACAAUUAUAUACAUCACUAAAUGCUCACCAUGAUAAGUGUAGUUACAUCUGUCAUCAACAGUAUUACAAUAUUAUUGGCUAUAUUCCCUAUGCUGUACUUCCAUCCCAUGAC